CCACGUCAGCAGCAGGGCCACGUCAGCAGUACCGCAUCAUCAACACCGUACAGCUAACUGCAGCUUAUGCUCCGACGCAGCAACCGCAUCGCAGCACGCGAAGGGCGGGCAGCCGCAGCAGGACAACAGCUACCUCUGCCCCACCCCUCGGGGGUGGACACCCAGGGCAACCCCACGGUGGACAAUGCCGCAUCCGGCAGUCCGCGUGAGGCCUGCAGCUUGAACCCCCCGUCCCCACAGGCCCAGCAGGAGGGUUCCACUGCGACUUCUGCGGAAACCCUCGACGCUGCACCAGUCCGACAGCAAGGAGAGACCAUGGCGACCUUCCUGGCCCGCCUGGGCACCUAUAUGCAGCAAGUCCAAGAGGAGCAGCAACGCGAGGCGGCAGCCGAAGCAGCAUGCCUUAACGCCAUUGCUCGCGCAGAAGAGCAACGACGCCGGCAGCAAGCUGACGCAGCUGCCAACCAUAACAAAGCUCGAAGAGAUGCCGCAUCUGUCCUCAUGCAGCAGGAAGCCGCUCAUACCGCCGCACUCCAAGCUUGGAAUGUUGAUCCGGCGGCGGCGACGGAACCAACUACGGAGGAACAGACCAAGUCAGCCUUCGCCAACAUGAUGUACCAAGUCAUCCUCACUUGUAAUUGGCAACAAGUGGAGCUGGCUCAGCAGGCACAUACCAUUGCUGAGUAUGAGGAGACUCUCAAGAGCCUCCAUGCCCGCCUUGACAUGCUGGAGAAGGAUGACGUGCCACACAGGCACACGGCGUCAAGCAUUGAUGAUUGAUUAGUAAAUCAAGUAGGGUUUC